AUGUACGUACCCAUUGUGGAAGCUAAGUCUCAAGAAUCCAAUAAUGGAGUCGUCUUCUUCUUCUUCCCCUUUGAAAAUCUACUUCAUCCCCUUCCUCACUCCAAGCCAUAUGGUUCCUCUGUUCGAGCUCUCUCGUCUCUUUGUCGCACGUGGCCACCACGUGACAAUCCUUACCACCCCUUCCAACGCUCGUCUCUUCAGUCUUCGGUCUCCGAUUACAGUCAUCUUCUUCGUUUUCAAUGUGUUCAGUUCCCUUCCAGAGAGGUGGGUUUGCCCGACGGUCUUGAGAAUCUCUUCCAGGCCACCGACUUCGAUAGCGUUCUCAAGUUCUUUCAAGCCUUCGGCAUCCUCCAGCAGCGUAUGGAGGAUUUCAUGGAAUCUGACCCCCCCGAUUGCAUUGUAUCUGACUCCUUCUUCCCCUGGACCUCCGACUUCGCCAACCGAUUGCAAAUUCCCAGGUUGGUUUUCGACGGAUACUCUGUUUUUGCCGUCUCUUUGAUUGAGGCUGUGAGAGGACCCGACUCGCCCCACCACAAAGCAAAGUCUGAGUCCGACCCGUUUCUCAUACCGGGUCUUCCUCACCCGAUCACCAUGACAUUAUGCCAGCUUCCGGAUUACGUCAAAACACCUGACAGUUUCGGGAUGAUGAUGGAAAAGUUCAGAGGGGCCGAGUUGAAGAGCUAUGGUCGCUUGGUAAACGGUUUCGUCGAGAUUGAAGAGGAAUACAAAGAACAUUACCAGAAAAUCAUGGGCUAUAAGAUUUAUCAUCUGGGACCUUCUUUUCUGGUGAACAAAACCGAUCAAGAGAAAUCUGAGAGGGGGAUGAAGAGCAUGGUGAGCGACCAUGAGUGCUUGGACUUUCUCAACUCGAAGCCACCGAACUCAGUGGUUUACAUUUGCUUUGGAAGUUCGUGUUUCUUCUCUGAUACACAAUUACACGAGAUAGCCUCUGGGAUUGAAUCUUCAGGCCACCCUUUUAUCUGGGUUGUUUUCAGGAAAGAUCAGAAUGAUGAAGAUGACCAAUGGCUGCCGAUGGGGUUCAAAGAUAGGGUGAUGAAGAGAGAGAGGAGGGGGAUGAUCAUUAAGGGAUGGGCCCCCCAGGCCUUGAUCCUGGAACACGAGGCGACUGGAGGGUUCCUGAGCCACUGUGGGUGGAACUCGGUGAUGGAGGGGAUAUGUGCAGGGGUUCCGACGAUAACAUGGCCGUUGACGGCGGAGCAGUUCUACAACGAGAAGCUGAUAACCCAGGUGCAUGGGAUCGGAGUAGAAGUCGGGUCAGAGGAGUGGACCGUCACCGCCGGGCACGAGAGGAAGAAGGUGGUGAGUAGGGAUCGGAUAGAGAAGGCAGUGAAGAAGAUAAUGGACGUCGGAGAUGAAGCGGAACAGAUGAGGAAGAGAGUGAAAGAGCUGGAGAAGAAGGCGAAAGCCGCCGUCGAAGAAAGUGGGUCGUCGCAGAAGAAUCUAACAUUGCUUAUAGAAGAUCUUGGCCGAAACAGAGCAGAAAGGAAAGCAACAGUCACCAGACCAUAG